ACAUAGUGUUUGAUCACGUGAUUGACCAAUUCACUGAUGCGGCAUUUUGUUUUUCGAUAUUGUUGAUAGAUUUCAAAUUUUUAGUUUAAAAAACGAAUAAAUCUUUAUCAUUUGUAAAAAAUGAGUGUUACUUUACAAAAACGAAGAGACAUUAGUCUUGGUAGCUAUCGUGAUACAAAAUUUCAAGGAAGCCGCGAAGAACAAGAAGAAAAACUCCGUAGAUCUUCCACACUUUAUAUUGGUAACCUUUCGUUCUAUACGUCGGAAGAGCAAAUCUAUGAUUUAUUUGGUCGUUGUGGUGAUAUUCGUCGUGUUAUCAUCGGUUUGGAUAAGUUUAGAAAAACUCCUUGUGGAUUUUGUUUCGUCGAAUUUCAUGAACGUGAAGAUGCUCUUCGUGCCAUGCAAUGGAUAAACGGUACUCGACUCGAUAAUCGCAUCAUUAGAUGUGAUUGGGAUGCCGGUUUUAUUGAAGGAAGACAAUUUGGCCGUGGAAAAAGUGGUGGACAAAUUCGUGAUGAAUAUCGCGAGAAUUUCGAUCCUGAUCGUGGUGGAUAUGGAAAAAUUAUAAAUAAAAUCCUGCCGGUCGUCGCACAAUCAGCACCGCCGUCAGCCUCAGUUACUAAAGAUUAAAUCUAUCAAUUUAUUCAUUCAUUAUUCAUUUGUAUUUCUAUCCAUUUUACGAAAAUAAAUUUUUUUAAUGCAAAAUUAAAA